AAAUGGAGAACUGAACUGUUCUUCGAAGGAAUAUUAUUUUUCUACUCUCUUGUUUUCAGCCUGGACAUAUUACAGUGCCAGUGGACUGUGUCGGAAGUGGCUUAAUCACCAGAAUGGCCGAUGAGAAUUCCUAAACAUCGUGUAAUUCUGCCCAUUGCCUAAGGCGUUGACCGUGCUGACUACAUCAGGCUGAUUUCAGCAGCACGGCCUGACACUAGUCUUGGAGGUCAGACUGAGCUACUCUACCAGCUGGCCACAGAUUAAUCACUGCAUUUAUUGACCACUGGACAUUUACCUGGGAGAACUCACCUGUAUUCUCAUCAAGCUAAUUACCUACAAGAACCAACAUGUCGUCAGUGAAGGUAGCCGUCCGGGUGCGCCCCUUCAACAACAGAGAGAUCUCCAAGGACAGCAAAUGUAUCAUAGAAAUGUCUGGCAAAACAACAACAAUUCACAACACAAAAGGUGUCGGCCCAAGGGAUUCAAAGGAUCAACAAGACAAAAGCUUUAAUUUUGAUUACUCAUAUUGGUCACACACUUCACCUGCUGACCCUGACUUUGCUUCCCAGAAACAAGUGUACAAUGACAUUGGUCUAGAGAUGCUGGAUCAUGCAUUUGAGGGCUAUAAUGUUUGUAUCUUUGCCUACGGACAAACGGGAGCGGGCAAGAGUUACACCAUGAUGGGACGAAGUGAGCCCGACCAGAAGGGAAUCAUUCCACUGCUAUGUGAGGAGCUAUUUACUAGGAUCAGGGAUAACAAGGCCAAUGACACGCUCUUCUCCGUGGAGGUAAGUUACAUGGAGAUUUACUGUGAACGGGUGAGAGAUCUACUGAACCCCAGUGCUAAGCACAACCUGAGGGUGAGAGAGCACCCCCUGUUAGGUCCCUAUGUGGAGGACCUGUCCAAAUUGGCUGUGCAGUCCUUUGAUGACAUCAACACACUCAUUGAUGAAGGAAACAAGGCCAGGACAGUAGCAGCAACCAACAUGAAUGAAACAAGCAGUCGUUCCCACGCCGUUUUUACCAUUGUGUUCUCGCAGAAACGUGAGGAUGCCACCACAAAUCUUGUUGGGGAAAAGGUGAGCAAAAUAAGCCUGGUGGACUUGGCAGGAAGUGAAAGAGCCGACUCCACUGGGGCAAAGGGCACACGUCUUAAAGAGGGUGCGAACAUCAACAAGUCUCUGACCACCUUGGGCAAGGUCAUCUCCGCUCUGGCCGAAGUGAGCGUGAUGCAUGCCAGCAAGAGAAAGAAGAAGGCAGAAUUCAUUCCAUACAGAGAUUCAGUUCUGACCUGGCUUCUGAGAGAAAAUUUGGGUGGUAAUUCCAAGACUGCCAUGGUGGCAGCCAUUAGUCCAGCAGACAUCAACUACGAUGAGACUCUCAGCACCCUCAGGUAUGCUGACCGCGCUAAGCAGAUUAUGUGUAAGGCCGUUGUCAACGAGGAUCCGAAUGCUCGUCUGAUCAGGGAGUUAAAAGAGGAAGUGGCACGCUUGAGAGAACUUCUGACAUCUGAAGGCAUUGACAUUACAGAAAGUCUUAGUUCCAUUAAUGAAAGAAAACCAGUUUGUCGCUCUCGAAAAGACUCAAUAACCUGUGAUGAUGGAGAAGAUGCCAUUGAGAGGCUUAAAAUGUCAGAGAAGUUGAUCGCUGAAUUGAAUCUGUCUUGGGAGGAGAAGCUGAGAAAGACUGAGGAAGUCCGUAAAGAAAGGGAAGCUGUGCUGGCAGAAAUGGGGGUGGCACUUAGACAAGAUGGAGGCACCAUUGGUGUCUUUUCACCCAAAAAGUCACCUCAUUUGGUGAAUCUAAAUGAAGAUCCACUGAUGUCCGAGUGUUUGAUCUAUUACAUUAAGGAUGGAAUAACACGAGUUGGUCGACCAGUGAAGGAAGAUUCAUCACAAGAUAUUCAGCUGAAUGGGUCAAAUAUACAAGAACAGCAUUGCUUCUUUGAAAAUAUUGACGGUAAGGUGAUACUGAACGCCUGCGAGGGAUCCAUGUGUUAUGUGAACGGACGUCAAAUUACUGAGCCAACAGAGAUCAAAACCGGAGCCCGUGUCAUCCUGGGCAAACAUCACGUCUUCAGAUUCAACCAUCCACAGCAAGCUCGUGCCAGUCGAGCUCAGUUACCUGACCCAUCUGACACAAACAACACCACAGAGCCAGUUGACUGGACCUUUGCCCAGCUGGAACUGUUGGAAAAACAAGGAAUUGAUCUGAGAACAGAAAUGGAGUCCAGACUUAUAAGUCUGGAGGAGCAGUACAGGAAGGAGAAAGAAGAGGCAGAUCAGCUGUUUGAGCAGCAACGAAAAGAUUAUGAGACUCGAAUCAAGACACUACAGGAGGAGGUGGAGAGACAGUCCAUGUUGUCUAGCUACACCUCUGAGGAGAUCAUGAACAUGACCCACAUGGAGGAAGAGGAAGAGUGUAUGUGGACUGACAGAGAGUACCAGCUAGCAGCGUGGGGAUUUCGCAAGUGGAAGUACCACCAGUUCACCUCCCUACGGGAUGACUUGUGGGGCAAUGCCAUAUUCCUGAAGGAAGCCAAUGCCAUCAGCGUGGAGCUGAAUAAGAAGGUGCAGUUUCAGUUUCUCUUGACUGAUACACUGUACUCACCUUUGCCCCCGGAUCUUCUGCCCCCUGAUGAGAGAGAUGUCACUCGCCCUUUCCCUAAAACUGUGGUGGCUGUGGAAGUUCAGGAUACAAAGAACGGAGCAACCCACUACUGGAGCCUCCAGAAACUUAGGCAGAGGCUAGAGCUGAUGAGAGAGAUGUACCACAAUGAAGCAGAGUUAUCUCCCACUUCACCAGAGCCCACUAUCGACAGUAUGACAGGCGGGGAUCCAUUUUACGAUCGUUUCCCUUGGUUCAGACUUGUGGGAAGGGCAUUUGUGUACCUGAGCAACCUGUUCUACCCAGUACCCCUGGUACACCGUGUGGCUAUUGUCAGUGAGAAGGGAGAGGUCAAAGGUUACCUGAGGGUUGCGGUACAAGCCGUCAUGGAGAAAGAAGACACUCCUGAUUACACACCAGGCAUUAGACAGUCAGGGAAUGCCAAAAUUACCUUCAAUGACACGGAAUACUUUACUAAGAAGCAAGGUUAUAACUUGGACGAUCCCCCUAUGGGUAAAUCCCCCAAACCUGCAUACUCAGAGGAAGAGUUGUUGAGGAUUGUGGAAGGUGAGGGAGAGAACCCUAACCUGGAGGACUUAGCUUCAGAACUGGGUGGUAAACAAGGUGACAACACAGAGAACAUUGUGAGCGAUGACAGGUCAGAUAUUAACGAGAAGGAACUGCCAUCUCACCUGAAGCUGGGGUCACAGUUCAUGUUCCGUGUCACAGUUUUACAGGCAUCUGGAAUCUCUCCGGAAUAUGCGGACAUUUUCUGUCAGUUUAAUUUCCUGCACCGCCAUGACGAAGCAUUUUCCACAGAACCCCUAAAGAACACCGGGAAAGGACCCCCGCUGGGCUUCUACCAUGUCCAGAACUUCACAGUGCCAGUGACCAAAUCCUUCAUUGAUUACAUCAAGACUCAGCCUCUGGUGUUUGAAGUGUUUGGUCAUUAUCAGCAGCAUCCUCUCCAUGAGCAGUCCUGGGAGUCACAUCCGAUUCGUCACCCGAUUCGCCGGAGUUUCCCUCCAACUUUACCGGUGUCCAAACCAGUGCCCUCACCACGCUUUGGAGUCAUCACUCCUCCCAGGGAGGAAACAGACAGUGAUGACAAGAAAUCCUCUCCCCACAGAACGCUCAUCAUGGACAUCAGCAAAGCCUUAGGGACUGGUACAAGUCACAUCCAUUCCAAGUAUGACCUGCUGGUGUGGUUUGAGAUCUGUGAGCUGGCCCCUAAUGGAGAGUACGUCCCAGCAGUGGUGGAUCACAGUGAGGACCUGCCUUGCUCCGGCACACACAUGCUGCACCAGGGCAUUCAACGACGCAUCACCAUCACCAUUAUUCACGAGCGCGGCCAUGACCUCAUGUGGAAGGACGUCAAUGAGCUUGUUGUUGGCCGUAUCCGUAACACCCCAGACUACCGGGACUCUGACCUGGAGAGUGUGGUGCUGUCUCUGAACCUUUUCCAGCCUCACUUCAUCGAGUACCAGAAUGAUGACAGAGUUUUCUUCCGUUUUGAGGCUGCCUGGGACAGCUCUUUACACAGUUCUCCACUGUUAAACCGUGUAACCACCAGCGGGGAGAAGAUCUACAUGACUCUCUCAGCCUACCUUGAGGUGGAGAACUGUGCUCAGCCAUGUUGCAUCACAAAGGAUUUGUGUUUAGUCAUCCAUUCCAGAGAUACCAAGAUCUCUGCUCCCAGUCCUCGUUUCAGGUCCCUGAGGAACCUGUUUGGGAGCGGGGCGUACAAGGUGAUGGACUGUAACAAAGUGACGGGAGUCUAUGAGAUGUACCUGAGGCGCUGCUCGGAUUCAGGUAGUCCAGGUGUACAGCGUCGUCAACGCCGCGUCCUGGACACCUCAUCCACGUAUGUCCGCGAGGAAAAUCUGAACGGUUGGCGUCCUCGGGGCGAUUCCCUUAUUAUUGACCACCAGUGGGAGCUAGAGAAACUGACAAGACUUGAAAUGGUGGAGAAAGCUCGCCAUGUGUUGUUACUAAGGGAAAAGUUGGCAGAACAGAACAAGUCACUGGAGCUGAGCAAGCUGGACAAGGAGGCCUCAAACCUGUAUGCCAAGGCCAAAGGUCAGAGGGCACGUGAGGACGAGAUGACUGUGGAUGAGGAGAAGGAUGAAAUGAAGAAAGAGGAUAGUCUACUGAGUUUGUCAUGUGAGGGUGACAAGGAGAAAGAACUCAUCACGAAAUGUCUGAAACUGAUCUUACAGGGGAGGUUACCAUUAAAUCCUCCUCCAGUCAAGGCGGUGAUGGAAGAGUCCAUGAUCAGUACCACAUCAACCUCUGAUGACAGCGAGGUGCCAAGUAGUGGAGAGUCCAUGUCAGCCAGCAUGAUGACCAGUACCUCAUCAGAAUUGAUCAAACCCUUAUCAACCGACACCAAAACCCAAUCUAAGUCCUGUGACAGCCUGACAACCUCAGCCUCCACUGAGGGGCUGGAUCGUAAGCUGUCCCUGCCCCUUCGUGGAUUAGUCCGACCUGAUGAAAUCCCCCAGUUUGUUGCCGACAUCGAGGAAGUGCGAGUCAGUCCUGUCGUGUCGAGGAAAGGUUACCUCAACUUCCUGGAGGAGAAAACAAAUGGCUGGAUCAAACGCUGGGUGGUUGUUCGUCGUCCAUAUGUGUACAUCUACAACAACGAGAAGGAUCCGGUGGAGAAAGGUCUGAUCAACCUGGCGACAGCUCAGAUAGAGUACAGCGAAGACCAACAGACAUUGCUUCAGCUCUAUAGGAGGAACACAUUUUCUGUGAUGACCAAACACAGAGGCUUCCUGCUGCAAACUCUUGAUGACAAGGACUUCCACGACUGGCUGUAUGCCAUAAACCCUCUCCUGGCUGGCCAGAUAAGGUCCAAGCUGUCCAGACGUAAACAGUGUGUCAAAAUCUAAAGGUUGACUCCAGACCUGAUGUCACCAUAGACAGGACUGUCCUGAGAUGGUCUCAAGAUUCCACCGAUCUACACUUGCUGAACAAUUGUUCUUGUUGUUGUGACUAAAUCCAAGUGUUUUCAAUGCCAUUGUGUCACAGUUUUAGCUAGAUAUCAAACAUUGUAUUGUUUGGGUGAUCUGAUUAGUGCUUUUAUCAAUUUACUCUGGUCAAAACUGGGCAUUGUUUUUACAACAGGCAGUUCUGGUAUUAUUAAUAGAGGUGGGUAUGUGGUACGCUGUGAAAAUCAAAUCUCACUGGUAGAACGUUUUUGUCAAACCAAAUUACCUGAUGAGCAUCAGGAUUAGUGCAGAAAACUUAGUCAUUGUGUGUGAUUUGGACAGAUUCCACGGACAUUCCUGCCAUGUUAAAGGUUAGCGUUACUAUUAGGCCCCAUCAUGUAAACUUUAUUGGGCUUCGAUGAAAACUGCUUUUGGCCUCGAUGUAAACUUUAUUGGACUUUCAUGUAAACUUGAUUAUUCCACUGUGCAAUAUUUGGCCCACAGUGCAAACGUCAUUUGGCCCUGAACUUGAUGUUAUUCUUAUUGGUCAGUGUUAUCUCAAGAGCACCUGGAUAGUUCUCCUAGGGCAAUGUUGUCUCUGCCUGAUAACCAUAUAUAUUGUGCUGCAAGAAGUUUCGCUUUAUGAUCGUCUAAGAUGAAAUGAAAGACUGGUCGAAUGUGAUUAUGUAAAUUAUGAGGGACCUGCUGGAGCCAAUGAGGGUUUCAGUGUAAACAUUUUCUUCAUAUAUCAUGUACUAGCUUCAGUGUAUGCUGUGAAAAUAUUGUGUACAUUUUUGACGAUGUCAUUAAGCGAGCCAAGCAGAACUGAGCUUUGCGUAAACUGUGUGAGGCUUACCAUUUUGGCAGGCUGGAUCUUCAUUUCAAGUACAGGUAUCCCUAGGCCUUUGUCAGUUGUACCUCAUUGUGAAAUUUGCAGUGUUAUGUGCCAGCCCUUUGUAGAAGUACAUGAACUUUGCAGAGUACUAGUGUGGACAUUUCAGAACAAAAAACAAUACAUUAUGUUUGACCACAUGUAUAGAUAUUCUGAGCAUCUUUCUACAAACAGUUGUAGAGUUUAGGUAAGCUACUUUCAUUGGCAUCAUAUAAAAAAGCUUAUUAAAUAUGUAUAUAUAUGAAAAUUGGCACACCUUUUAGACGUAACCUCAGACCAUGGACAUUUUACUUAUUUCUGUCACUUUCAGUCUUGCCCAAGUGUUCUUCUUUUGUGGACAGGUCUUUCUGUUUGUCACAUGGUUAUGCAGAGUGUGAGAGAAGCUUAAUGGGGCAGAAAAAGGAUUGCUCUGGUUGAUAAAGCUGUGUGAUUCACCCUAUAACCCACAAACAAGCAGAUUGUUAUAGGAGCAGGAACUGAUUGGCUGUAGUGUGGAUAUUUGACCUUGUAAUGGGAUUGUUCAAUGUGUGUUGGGUGACUAUCAUGGUGAAAUGUGAUGAACAACAACAAAACAAAGGCUUGUGGCUGUCAAGGCUCAGAUGUUUGUGAUGGGUGUAUCAGCUGUCAAGGCUUUGGUACUUUUGAGUAAUGUCAUGAUGUCAGGACAAAAUUGAGAGAUUAGAGUAUAAAUUGAUGAAGUGGAUAUGGACUACAGAAGAUAGGCCAUUGUAAGGGAUGGAGCUCGAUAGCUACGCUUAGCAGAUGAUUGUACUGGAAAUUUGGAGCUUUAUAAGAAAAGUAGUUUAACGCGACAUCACCAAGGUGACGUUCCAAUGAGAUUGUACACAGAACAGCAUAGUCGUCACAUGUACAUUCAGCAUAAUGAUAUUAUGGUCGGCAUGUCUGUGUGUGUUGAGCUCCUAAAACCCAAGAGAUAGAAAAGCUUUGCUGUGACUGUGAUCAGUCUGGAAGGAAAGAAAACCUCUUUGAGGGUUGUGACAUUGGGUCGAAUAUG